GCCGGAAGGCCGCAGCGCGGCGGAGGAGCGGGCGGAGGAGCGGGGCGGCGCACAGCGAGCCCCGGCGAGGGGCGGCCCCCGCACGCAGCCAUUUUUGGUAAACAAUGAAGGUUCUGUUACUGAAGGAGCCCAAAGACAGAGACUCAGGACCAGAUCCAUAUAUUCAAGAAUUAGGAUUAUAUGGAUUUGAAGCAGCUUUAAUCCCUGUUUUGUCAUUUGAAUUUGUGUCUCUUCAAACUUUCUUUGAAAAGCUCUCUCAUCCAGAUCAUUAUGAAGGUUUAAUUUUUACCAGCCCAAGAGCAGUAGAAGCUGCCAAGUUAUGUUUGGGAGAGAGUAGUAAAAAUGAAGCCUGGAGUAAUUCUCUUAAAGAAAAAUGGAAUACCAAAUCAGCAUAUGUUGUAGGAAAAGCUACAGCUUCUCUAGUGGAGGAAAUUGGCCUUGCUCCACAAGGAGAAAAGUGUGGAAAUGCUGAAAAACUAGCUGCAUACAUUUGCGCAAGGGAAACACCUAAUUCAUCACCUCUUCUUUUUCCUUGUGGAUCUCUCAAAAGAGAAGUUCUUCCAACAAUACUCAAAGAAAAAGGAAUUUCCCUGGAAAGCCUUACUGUUUAUCAAACUGCUCAACAUCCCAGUCUCCAAGAAUCCUUGAAGAAUUAUUUCUCACAACAGGGUAUUCCAGCAAGCAUCACAUUCUUCAGUCCGUCUGGUGUCAGAUUUUGUCUCCAGCACAUUCAGAAGUUUUCUGGUGAUCUUAUUAAUCAAAUUAAGUUUGCUGCUAUAGGUCCGACGACAGCUGAAGCAAUGGAAGCUGAAGGAAUCCCAGUGAGCUGCACCGCAGAGAACCCUUCUCCCCAAGACCUUGCUGUUGGUAUCAAAAAAGCCCUUCACCUGUAGAAUUGCUGUUUACCUGAGUAGAAGCACCACACAUGUUGCUGUAACAGUCCUCCAGAAAUUUAAGACAAUUCAUCAGUGUUUAACAGGGAUAUUAACAUUCAUUUGGAUUUUUUUUUAAAAAGCCAUGCUCUCUGCCUUAUCAUUCAAUCCUUCCUUGACCAUCCAUCUUCUAAUAGCACUGUGUGGUGGGAGUGGAAAAGCUAGAUUGACCAGUCAAGAUCAAAUAUAUGGCUAAUUUUGUUGACCCACUGUUAAUAAUGGUCAUUAAGAGAAGACAGUGAUUUUCACCAUAUGUUAGCCAGCAGAAGUCCAAAACAUAAAAAGUCAGUAACUAAUACCAACCACCAUGUUAAAGAAAUCAGAUUAUUAAACAAGUAUUUGGGUAGUGUUAUAUCUGCUAUUUUUCACAUUCCAGAUAUACUUUACAUUAUGGCAUAAUAACUUUCAAAAAUAUGGUUCAGAGUGACUUGGAAUAAGUGAAAUUGUUUCAUUCAGUCAGUGGUCAGGUUUGUAUUGGACACUUUUGUAUUCUAUAUUGCCCCUUUCUUGAAUACUCAAGAACUGCUGCAUCUAAAACUUCAUGGGUCAAAUUCCACCCUCAUACGUGCACUCCCAUUGGAAAUAAUGAGAGCUGCACGUCAGUAUCUGAAAGCAGAAUUUGGCCACAUAUGUAGCAUGAAACAAGUUAGUUUUUUUCCCUUUAAUUUCAACCCAUGGCUGGAGUAUGGAUAAUUUGGUAUGGUAGUUCCUUAAAAGUCAGUUGGUUACAAAUUGCGAAAGGCUAGUGUUGGACUUACUUGCACACGCGCGUGCGUGCGCACAGACACACACAUAGAAAACCACAGUGGGUAGCUGAUAGCAUAUAAAACAGGGUUUUACUCUUUGGCUUCAAUGUCAUAUUGUUUGUGAGCACAUUUUGGGGUUUAAAACAGAUCAUGGUAAAUAAUUAGAAUUACAAUAAAAAAAUCUGUUGUGAAAGUUGCUUUGCAAUUCUGUUCCCUAUUUAUCUCAAUAAGCAUAAAUAUUUGCUUAGAUAAUGGUUGUAGAGCAUGGUAGUAAAAUAUUAUGAAGUAUUUAUAUAAAUAUUGCAAAAAUUGUAGCAGUCAUGGAGCUAAAAGUAGAUCAAUCUGCGCUAAUAUAUACACUUUUCAUGCUGUACCUUUCGACUCGUAUGUCCCCAGCUCUAAUUCUUUUGGUUUCUGUCCUUCAAAGAAAGGAGGUUUAUUUGUAAUAAGAAAUACUAGUUUAUUAGUGUUAAUGAAGAAGCAUUAUAAAGAUACUCCUGUGGUUACAUAGUUUGUUUCUCUGGGGCAGGAGAAAAAUAAUAAUUUAGCACUAUGGGUACUUUCAGCUGAUGUUAACAUACAUUCUUUUUCAAAGAAAAUUUAAAUCAAGAUGUGCCCAAUUAUAAUUCUCAUGAUUAAGAUUUAAGUAAUUAAUCUUUAAUGCUGGUAAGGGGCCAUGACAUCACAGCACGACACAUAAAUGUCUCAGUUGCUGCAAGUUUCUAUUGGUUUAAUUCAGUGUCUGAACUGAAUGAAGUUAUUUAAACAAGAAAUUCCUUACCCAAAAUAGUAGUUAAAAGUCAGAUUCCAAUUCUGAUCUACAGUUCACGUGGGUCAAUGGAAGUUGUACACAUGUAUAUCAGUAUGACUCAGCCCAGUAAACAUAUGAGGGUCCGUAGUGGCUCAAUUCCUUAGGCUGAGAUAGAAUUGCAGAAGUGUAACAGCUGUGGGAAUUACUUUGUAUCAGUUUUUGCCUAAGGGUAUUGAAAGCCCUCACAACAUGCAAUCUUUAAUUACUCUUCUCAACAAUAGUGGUCAACACUGGUCAUCAUAAAAAUCUAUUAAAACUC